UCCGACUUUCCCAGAAAUGGGUGGUUUGCGAGGACGCGGACUUCACACGCAACGACUGCUCGUUCCCUCCCGAUCCAUGUGCAUCCUGUAGUGUAAAGCACCAGCAAAUAACCCUCUGCACGGUCGUCCUGUUGGGCAACCCGAUUAGAGGCAUUUCGUUCUUUGAUAGUAACAGAGAGAUCGGUUCAAGAAACAUCGGAGGAGUAAAAAUGAAACGUGAUCGAGCGCCCGCACACAAUUCUGGCCAAAGCAACAAGAAGAGCGCCCGUCGAAAAGUUGAUGAUGCCAGUGCGUCUAGCUCCUCCGCCGCUUCGACGGGCAGUGACAGCUACGAUGUGUUCUUGAGCUUUAGCGGUGAGGAUACUCGCUUAAAGUUCGCGGAUCACCUCUACAACAGCCUCGUCGAUGCCAGAAUCCGCGUAUUCAGAGACGAAAAUGAGCUUCGCGAAGGUGAGAAGAUCGACACCGAGCUUCUUCAGGCCAUUAAAAAUAGUAAAAUCUCGAUCCCGAUCCUCUCUCCGAACUACGCUUCGAGCAAAUGGUGCCUUCAUGAGCUCGCUGAGAUGAUAGAGUGCAUCAAAAGCGGGCACGUUGUCUUGCCCAUAUUUUACCAUGUUCAACCGACCCAUGUGCGAAAACAAGAAGGGAGCUUUGGAGAGACUUUCUGCCGUUUAAGUACGAAUCAUUCGGAGGAAGAUGUUGUGAGAUGGAAAAAAGCACUCGAAGAAGUGGCUUCUAUAAAGGGAUGGGAACCAGCGAAAACUGCUGACGGCCACGAAGGAAAAUUGGUGAGAAAGAUCGUCACAGCAGUUUUGAGAAAGUUAAAGAAGCCCCCUCAGCCUGUUGUUACCGAACAACUUGUCGUUACCGAACAACUUGUCGAAAUCGAUGAUUCUGUGGAGGAUAUUUUGAGAAAGCUGGAUGGUAGCCCUAAUGGUACUGUUGGUAUUUAUGGAAUGGGGGGCAUUGGUAAGACAACUUUGGCCAAGGUUGUCUACAAUAAGCUCUUAGACCAAUUUCGGUAUCAUAGUUUUAUUGCAGAUAUUCGAGAAUCCUCGCGAAGCAAGGGCAUUCCUCGUUUGCAGAAACAAUUAAUACGUGAUCUGAAAGUGGUAGAACGAGUGUCUAAUAAGGAUCAUGGAAUCAGGAUCCUGAGAUCUAUAUUUAAAAGUAAGAAAGUCCUAAUUCUUCUAGAUGAUGUGGAUGAUAUUGAUCAAGUUAAAGCUUUGGUUGGGAAUUAUGAUUGGUUUGAGAUGGGAAGUAGGAUAAUAAUCACCACAAGAAGCAGGUCUGUUCUUGAUGAAGCUGAGGUGAAAUGCAAGUAUAAACUCAAGGAAAUGGCUAAGGAUAAAUCUUUGAAAUUGUUUAGUAGACAUGCCUUUAGGAGUGACUCUCCUCAGUGUGGAUUUGAGUCUCUCUCCAAUUCCGUCGUGUCCAUUACCAGAGGGCUUCCCUUAGCUCUUGAGCUUAUAGGUUCACAUUUGCGUGCGCAAAACAUAGAUUUUUGGCAAGACGCGUUAAAGAAGUUACAGAAAGUACCAUAUGAGAAAGUGCAAGAGAAGCUCAAGAUAAGUUAUGAAGCAUUAAACUAUGAGGAAAAGCAGAUAUUUUUGGACAUUGCUUGUUUCUACGUUGGAAUCGAUGGAUAUGAUAUGGGAAGCGAUGUAGAUGAGGUAUCAUACAUGUGGGAUGCCUGUAAUUUUUUUUCGAAGAUGGGGAUUGAAAAAUUGAGUUCAAUGUCACUAAUAAAAAUUGAAGAUACUCAAGUGCUGAAUAUGCAUGACCAACUGAGAAAACUUGGUAGGGAAAUUGUUCGUCAAGAAGAUUACAGUACGCCUAUGAAUCGAAGUAGGCUGUGGGCCCCUGAGGAAGCCUUGGAAGUACUUCAGACAAAUAAGGGAAUUGAAAAAGUUCGCGUUCAGGCCCUCCUUCUCGACGGAAUUGAGUCGCCGAUUGAAAUCACAGCUGAGCAAUUGGAGAUGCUACCAAACUUAAGGCUCCUUAUAGUGAGAGAUGCAAAACUGAUUGGAGAUUCCAAAAGCUUGCUUCCUAAGUUACGAUCGCUUUUUGGAUGGGAUGCCCUGCAUUCGUGCCCGGUCAUUUCCAUCUAGAGAAAUUAGUCAUACUUAAUUUACAAGAAAGCGACAUUUCAGAGAUUUGGGAAGGUUGGAGUCAUCUCCAGGUGGCGAAGCAGUUGAAAGUUCUAAUUCUUAGGUAUUGCAAUAAUUUAAAAAUUACUCCUGAUCUCUCACCCUUCCGAAAUUUAAAGAUGUUAAACUUGAGAGGAUGUGAAAACCUAGAGAAAAUUCAUCCCUCUAUUGGAGAAGCCAGGGGCCUCGUUUUUUUAUUUUUGAUGGAAUGUAAGAAACUCUCAAAGCUACCGCAUGAAAUGGGCAAAUUGGAAGAACUGAAGGAGCUUCACAUAUGGAAGACUGCUAUACGGGAAAUUCCUGCAUGUGUAGGUUCUUUGAAGAAGCUGCAAAGGCUUGAUGCCAGUGAUUGCAGCUCAUUGGUUGCCCUUCCCGACUCAAUUAGCCAUCUGAAAAAUUUGUGGCUCCUUGACUUGAGUGGUUGCUCUGGGUUAUGUACACUUCCAAAGAGCAUUGGAUCACUCGUAAAAUUGCAGCGCUUGUCAUUAAGCGGAACGGGGGUUUCAAUAGAUUUGCGGUUUGAUUAUCGUAUCCCUAACUCGAUUUGGAAGUUGGAAUGGUUGACACAACUGAAGUUGUCAUAUUCGGGCAUUUGUAAAUUAUCUAAAUCCAUCGGGGAUUUGAAAAAGUUGGAAUUUUUGGAUAUUUCUCAUUGUGAGAAAUUGAGUAGUUUACCUAGUACUAUCGGCAAGUUGGGCAACCUAGAAGAAUUAGAUGCCUCAAAUUGCAAGAAUCUAGGAGGAGAAAUUCAUGUAGAUGGGCUGUCUUCAUUGAAGAUCCUUCGUUUAAGUUCAACAGGUGUUUCUGGCUUCCAUGGCACAUUCGAUAAGGUUUCUUGUCUUGAGCAACUUAUGUUAGACGAUUGCCAUAUGCUUCAAUCAUUGCCGGAGCUUCCUACCUCUUUAACAGUUUUGGAAGUCAGCGGUCAGCAUCGCACAUUUCCUAAACUUUCUCGUUUAAGCCACCUGAGAAAGCUCACUGUUAAGGAUUGCCCACUGUUGAAAUCCAUGCCUAAACUUUCUCGUUUAAGCCACCUGAGAAAGCUCACUGUUAAGGAUUGCCCAUUGUUGAAAUCCAUGCCGAAGCUUCCCUUAAGUCUAUUGGAACUUUUUGUCUGCAAUUGUGGUGAGUUGGAAGAGUUACCGAGUUUGUCAAGAUUGGAAUUAUUGUUAAAAUUAUUUCUUGAGUCGUGCGGAGAGCUGACAGACAUUAGGGGUCUAGAGGGAUUAAAAUCCUUAGGAUGGCUUACCGUAUCUAAAUGCUGGAAGUUGUCCAACCUUGACGGCCUUGGACAUCUAGAAUCUUUGAGAGACUUGUGUUUAUUGUCAAGUGGUUCAAUAUUGAAAGAUGAUCAAGUUCGAGGCUUUGAAAAAUUGAAAAACUUGGAAAAGCUAGCGGUAGCGGGCUGUGAGUCCCUUGUAAGAGUGGACGUUUCGCAAUUAACACGUCUAGAUCGUUUAAGUUUUCGUGGAUGCUGCAAGCUACUCGAAAUUAAAGGCCUUGAGAGAUUGAAAAACUUGAUAACGUUAAUUCUCGCGGGGUGCCCUAUUGAUACAUUACCAGACCUCUCGUGCUUGCAUAACCUGGAACUUGCGUGGGUUGACAAGCGCUCGAACAUUACCUGAUGUUCGGGGAGUGAGGAGAGCCUAAUAUGUGGGCAACGGAUUUUAUGAGUACCGGCCUCAGUAAAUUUUCCACAUCCAUCAAAUUUCGAAGAUUCGAUGAAAUAAUGGGGGGUCAAACUCGCAUGAACUUCUGGACAUCGCAGAGCUCUGGGAAUCAAGGCGUUCAAACUCUAGAAGGCAUUCAGCGAUGCAACUUAUCAGACGAGUUAACGGUAUUCGGCCACAACGUCCGGAACGAUUCACAAAUCCUCGGAGAAGGAGGUCAUAGUUGAAAAAGCAGAGGAGAUCGAGUUCGGAAACAGCACACGCAGCAGCGUCAUUCUUCAUGGUCAAAUUCAGAUAAGUGGAACCAGCUCCUUCGGUGGGCGAUGAUGCUUCGAAGAAGCACGACAAGCAGCGGAACAAACCGCGAGUCUUUUCGUGUGGUGAAAAUUGCUGAGAGCUUAUUCAUCCACGAUUCUUGUUCAAAGGGGCUUUUGAAGGACGGGUUGCACAAAGUACUUGAAUCUGGUGAAGCCUUUGGUACAUGGGAGUGACGCCGUGAAGUUCCCCUCUCGGUUGAGUCGCUGCUGGAAUCGUCUCCGGUGAUGGCAGGCUCUUCACUGAGGAUGGGGAAAGGGGUUUCGAGUGAGGCCGAGGCACCUGCCGGAAAAGAUCAAGUCGAGGACUCUUGGCUACGGCGAUUGUUAGCCAUCUCUUCUGCGGACAUCAUGAUGCAGGGUAGCUAAUGGAGGAGGACAGCAUUAUGCUUUGGGGAAAAUCACUCUCUUGAUGAUGCCAAGAAGUCAUCGGAAUGCCUUCUAAGAACAUUACAUGUCAUAGCCAUCAAAUACUGUUGACUUCAUUUUAUCCAUGGGGAUACUCAAAUGAAAGAACAGUUUGCCUUAAAUAAGCCAAUAUUGUACUCUCCAAGGAAACCCCUUAGCUUCAGUUAUCUCAAUCCGUUAAGAAUUCUUUUCGUGAACGAGAACAGACAGACAAACGGCAGGAAGGCAAAAAAACAAUUAAAGAAGAAAGGGGUGAUUAUGAAGUGAGGUGAAGGGAUCCAAGUUGAUAUAUCCGUUGAACGAGGACAGAGAUUCAGAGGUUGUGGAGGUAUCUUCCAGCAAGCGAAGCAGCUUCCUUGACAAGAGAGAGGAUGUCAACUUAGCAUUUGCUUCCUCUUAACGUUCCCCCUCUGGAGUUCUGCAAGUUGGCCGUGCAGUUACAUUAAGUUUUGGCUGCAUUCCUGGCUCAAAUAGCCAUCUGCACAACACCUGCCAGGUCCCCAUCUAUGAAUAAUUGAUCAAAUCAAAGGAUCGCCGCCGCUUAGUACAUUUGACAAGCCAAAAUAUUCGUGAAGUUAAUGUACCGGCACGGUUUAUGAGAAAGAGAUAAUCUGGGUAUGCACUUUUUGUUAUAAAAGCAAAUGUCGAUAUUAUAGACCAACAUGAGUGCAUUUGCUGCCCCCCAGUCUCCUCCCUCGAAACAUCAGAACAGUAAUCAAAGUUGGCUUGUGAAUGAAGAGAUGGUCUAGUGAAAUUGUGGAACAACAGAGUUAAUUUUACUCAAUCUGCAACGUACCUUUUCAUCUUUGUGAA